AGUUAAGACACGUAAAAGCAGACAGUUGACUUCUCUGUUUACUUCAACGGACCUUGACACAAUGGCAACCACGAUCAGAGCAUACGGUGAGACAGUGCCCACGACUAUGGAUAUUCGGGAGAUUUGUGAUAAGAUGAGGCCUCAAGUGGAGGACACUACAGGAAAGAAGUAUGUGAAAUUCAUACCAGUUCAAUACAGGAGGCUAGAUGGUGGGGAUGGAAUAAGCUACCUUAUCAAGAUUCAUGUUACAGAAACGGACUACAUUCAUGUGGAAAUCUUCCAAGAUCUCAAAGAAAAGGCUUCUCUGAUUAAUGUAAAGGAGCAUCAAACCAAAGACAGCCUCAUCGUACCUUUUUAGAAGCUGAUCCCAGAACCAGUCUCACCAGUAAAAUACUUAAAGGCUGCAGUCUCUUGUUAAAAUCUUCUGCUUUUUUAAUCUGAAAUGAUUUAACAUUGAUUUUGAAUGUAUUAACGCUGAGAGAUGAAGAUAUUUGGUUUAAUGUAUUAAGAUUAAAGCUUUAAAAUGAUUUAUAUUUCUAUUACAGAAUUGAUUUUCCUGUUUGCUCACAAUGUCCUUUAACCCCAAAUAAAUAUUCUGCCA